AUGACCGAUCAAAUGGCAGCAGCCAUCGAACUCGGUACUUCCAAUAUCAACAUUGCUCCUGCCCCAGCUGCCGGCAUGUACUGGUCUCGCGCAGUGACCUACGGACGUACCCCUUCGCGACCCAUGCGAGCUCACACGGCAAAUCUCGUUGGCGAAAUGCUCUACGUGUUCGGUGGGUGUGACGUGAAAACCUGCUUUAAUACUUUAUAUAUUCUCGAUAUGGAUACUUUGACGUGGUCCAAACCACGUACCUCUGGUGAGAUCCCUCCUCCUUGUCGUGCCCAUUCUUGUACCGUCGUCCAACGGGAUUUGGGAUCCGGUCGAAGAUCUUACUCAUUGUACGUUUUUGGAGGUGGCGAUGGUCCUAAUUAUUUCAAUGAUUUGUAUAUCCUCAACACAGAAACGCUGACAUGGAGCAAGCCUCCUGUGGAAGGUUUGCCACCAUCACCUCGUCGAGCCCACACAACCUGUCUGUGGAACGAUAAAAUCAUUGUAGUGGGCGGAGGGGAUGGUGCGCGCGCAUUGGCGGAUGUCCAUAUGCUCGAUCUCUCGGAUCCGAAAAAGCUGCGUUGGAGCGAACUCCAUCCCUCAGGCACACCACCGAUUGCACGAGGUUAUCACACCAGUAACUUGGUCAAGAAUAAACUCGUGGUGUACGGUGGCAGUGACGGUCAUGAAUGCUUUAGCGAUGUCCAUAUUCUUGAUUUGGCGACGGAGCGUUGGACGCAAGUUGAUCUUGAUCGGGUCGUCCCUCGUUUGGCCCACACCGCUACCCAAGUAGGAUCAUAUGUAUUUGCCAUUGGCGGGCACGAUGGAAGUCGAUAUUCCAACGAUGUAUUAUUACUUAACCUCGUGACCAUGAGUUGGGAAUCACGUAAAGUAUACGGUAAUGCUCCUAAUCCUCGAGGCUACCAUACCACGGUACUGCAUGAUUCUCGCCUGUAUGUUCUGGGAGGAUACGACGGCAAAAAUAUCUUUGAUGACUUGUAUAUCCUCGAGCUAAGCGCAUGCGCCUAUCUCCCACAGAUCACCAACUUUGACAUAGACGUAUAA